AUGGAGAGGCUGAACACGAAGCUGUACCUGAAGAACUGCUACAUCAUGAAGGAGAACGAGCGGCUGCGCAAGGCGGCCCUGCUGCUGAACCAGGAGAACCAGGCCCUGCUCUCCGAGCUCAAGCACCGCCUCGCCAAGUCCGCCGCCGGUGGUGGCGGUGGUGGCGGCGGCGGCAGCAACAACAGCAAAGGCAACGCGGCAGCGGGGAACCGCGUCUCGCCCAAGCCCGGCGUCGACGCCGCUCCGCCGUCUUCUCAUCAGGCCGGCGGCAAGGGCAUGCCUGCCACCAAGCCCAAGCCCAAGUAG